AUGUGUGACUGUGUUUUAGUCGAGCAGUCGCCACCACCAACACAAAUACAUAUUAAAGAGCCACCACCCAGUCCUGGAAGCCCAACAACCGAUACAAUGUACGCUGCUGGCGGCGGCACACAAAUCUAUCUACAGGGUCCACAUCAAACUAGCUCUGCAGGCGCUGCCAAUGCCGUUAAUGCACAAACGCCCAGUCCUGGCCCAUACAUCAGUUCUGAUGGCUAUGGCAUGUACACAACACGUCUAACUGCUGGACCAACUUCAACAUUCAUAUCUGAGCCAUAUUAUCGCGAAUACUUCACUUCGGACGUACAAAGCGGUUAUGCACCAGCGCGUGCUGUUUAUACCGAUAAUGAUGGACCACAACCGGGAACCACAUACGAAGGACGUUUCAGUACUUCAACCACCACAAGUAGCGCUGCUGUUGUGCACACCUCCAAAAACUGUGCUCCAAUCUAUGCUAAAACUGUAACUGCUGCCGGUCUAACUGUCGAUUUGCCAAGCCCCGAUUCAGGUAUCGGUGCUGAUGCCAUAACUCCGCGGGAUCAGAAUAACAUUCAACAGUCAUUCGAUUAUACUGAAUUGUGUCAACCGGUCUUGAUUACUGCGAAAAUUGAUGAUGAUAUGAUUUCUUACUACUGCAACGAAGAUAUUUUCUUAUUGGAAGUGCAGCAGAUUGAAGAUGAAUUAUAUGAUAUUACAUUAGCAGAGCUUCCCAACCAUUGA